AUGUUGUGGGCGAAGCACGGCGAGGGAGACGGCGGGACUGGCAUGAACCCGCUGUUCGGACGGCGAAACGGGGGGGAACAGCAUAAAAAUGCCCAACAAAACAUAUCGGCCUCGACUGCUUCGGCCGGUCGGAGUCAGCGGCUGGCAACCCGCCUCUCCUCGUCGGCCGGACUCGGGGCAGAGGCGUACGAGUCUGGCAGAGAAGCGGGCAGAGAUGAGCUCGACCAGGUGAGUCGGAAAGGGUGGCUCGAGCCCAGGCCAGCCGAGUGGAACAGCCCACCCGAACAGCCGAACUGUUGGUUGCUUAAUUGUCGACUCGCUAACUCGCUAAUUGCUCAUCUCUCUCGUUCGUCCACGUUGUACCACACGAUACUUGAUGACAAAUCGUUUGCCAUGUCGCAUGCUGCAGCCCACCACCAAAUGACGGAUGCCCAUACCCCCGCUACCCUUGUCCUCACUUCGUCGCCUCAUUUGCAGACUGAGACAAUCAUCCCAGCUCUUGUACUUUCUGCAGCUCAGCUCAACCCUUCUCUCCAACCUCAAUCUCAACCUCAACCAUUUCUUUAG